UUGUCCCUAGGGACAGGAGCGCCUCGGGGGGUCGGGCCUGCGCCUGCACCGCCGCGCGGCGGACCGCGGGGCUUUGACCUUUCUUGAGCGGUGGGAGGAGUGAACAGAGCUGGCUUCCCACCCAGCGUGGACGGACCUGGGGCUGGGGGUCGGUCUGGCGAUCUCGCAGGAUGGCAUCCUUUGGGUGGAAGAGGAAAAUUGGUGAGAAAGUCUCCAGGGUCACUUCCCAGCAGUUUGAAGCUGAAGCUGCUGAUGAGAAGGAUGUCCCUGAGAGUGAUGAAGGGAAUUGGCUUCACGCUGUUAAACGUCGGAAGGAAGUUCUCCUUGAAGGCUGUGCUGAGAAAAGUAAACAGCUGAAGGACGAAGGAGCGAAUUUGGCUGAAAAUAAAAGGUAUCGUGAGGCAAUUCAGAAGUGGGAUGAAGCACUCCAGUUAACCCCAAAUGAUGCUACCUUAUAUGAGAUGAAAUCACAGGUCCUAAUGUCUCUUCAUGAAAUAUUUCCAGCAGUACAUGCGGCAGAAAUGGCUGUCCAGUGCAAUCCACAUUCAUGGGAGUCUUGGCAAACUUUGGGACGUGCUCAGCUUGGAUUAGGAGAGAUACUGCUGGCAAUUCGAAGUUUUCAAGUAGCCCUUCAUAUCUAUCCCAUGAACCCUGAAAUUUGGAAGGAAGACCUUUCUUGGGCAAGAACACUUCAGGAGCAACAGAAAGUAGCACAGAGUAUCAAGAAAAGUGAAGCACCAGCUGAAGUGACACAUUUUUCACCAAAGUCCAUUCCUGACUAUGACUUUGAAAGUGAUGAGAUUGUUGCUGUUUGUGCAGCUAUUGCUGAGAAACAGAAGACAGUUUCAGCAAAUAAAACCAUGGUUAUUGUGUCGGCUUCUGGGACCGUAGAGACUGUCACCAAGAAGGCAGAUGGUGCUCCACCACCAGAUGGAUCUGUGUUUAUCAAAGCCCGAUGAAGCUGUAUGUGUAGAGGAAUUAUUUGAAUCUGUCUUUUUGAUUGCCACAUGAAGUUUAGACAUAGGAACAUUUGCUCUGGUGAAAGAGGACAGAACUCCUGCUUGUAAAAUAAAUUCUUCAGAUGAGGCAUGUAACAACUCAGUGGUAGAAUUUUUCUAUUGUGUUUGGAGUAUGCUUUCAUAAGUUAUGAUUUAUACUUUCAAGAUUAGAAUUCUAAGUAAUUUUUUUGAUUAAUAAACUUAAUGGAAAUGUAUAAAUGAACACAUUUUAAAGACACAGCUUGAAAAGUGUGUUCAUGAUUAGUUAACUUGAUGGUGAAUGUUAUUAAAAUGCUGACUCAUUGACUUGUUUUAGGAUAAAGUGAUUUCUUUCUGUCUUAGAAAUAAACCAUUGCUCUUCGAUUUUUCUUGUUUCACUACUGUAAGUUUAUCAGAAAGCUUGAGUAUUUUUUGAUAAUAAUUUUGAUUCAAAGUUAUCAUUUUGUUCUAUGUGGAAUCUUUGAAAGUGUGGCUGAAAAUGCAUGCAGUUGUGUACAUUCUCAACCUUUUCUGGUUUCUUUGAGUUCUGAUUUGUGCUUCCAUUUUCACUUUAAAGUUGUAACAAUGGUAGUUUUCUCUUUCAGUAUUUGAUAAAUGUAUGAAGUAUUGAUAAAUGUCAGAGUGAUUUUUUUAAUAAAAGUCUUGCAGUAGAUGGGGUAAUCCUUACCACAAGUGAGUCAUUUUUAAAACAAUGACAUUAUGUGCAUGUGAUUGAAAUUAUACUGCUUAAUGAUAUCAAUCAAAAAGCAAUAUUUUUUCAAAAACUCAAAUAACUUUGAAAACACUUUUAGUCUCUAAAGCUCAACAAACCUUGAAAACCCUUAUUUCUUGUUUCUGACUUUCCAACUGAUGAUUUAGAAUUACUUUUCUAGUAACUUUUUUGGAACUAGUCAGUGAAAUGAAAAGUAACUCGAAGUCUAAACAACUAACAUAUCUUUCUAGAAAUAAAAAUGUAGGAAUGUUGCUAUUAGAAUACCAAUUAGUGAAAAAUUUUAGCAAAAAAAUGCAUAGAAACUGGAUUGUGUUUUUUAGUUCUGUCCCAUGAGUAGAAGGAUACAUUAAGUAGAGUUAAUGUUAAGUGAAGGCCCAAACACUUUCAUAAAUCAAGAGUACCACUGCUAAUAUGAAUCGCUUGUAUGUCAUAUGUAUUGUAGUAAAACUGUGUAGAACUAUUGAAUACUGUUACUUCUGACCCUCAGGAAGAUAUUAGUGUAAAUUUAAUUUUACUUUUUUUAGAAGUAAGAUAAACUACUUUGUGUUGAGAAAUCUUACCUAACACUGUUGAGCAUAUAAGUAAUGGUCUUCUUUUCUAUGAGGAUGAUUUUUGAAGAUUUUUGUUUUUGUGAAAUGCUUUUCUUCCCCGUCCUUCCAUCCGUCCCUUCCUUUCUUCUUGCCUGUACUUCCUUCCUUUCUUUCUUUUUCCCGGAGUUGGAGAAAUUGCACUUGCCUUAAAAAUUAUUUUAAGUUUUCCCCUAAGUCAUAUCAUCAAAAGUUAAGUCUGGCUGGAGAGGUCAGUUUUAGAGUAAUACAAAAAUUUACUUUAUUUAAUAAGGAAUAUUCUCAUGGGCAUUGAUAGAUAUCCAUAGAAAGUACUCAAUAUUUGGUAUGUUGUUUUGAGUAAUGGAUAUUUGUUUAUUUGUGGAUAUUUUUUCCCCUGUAUUUUGUAAAGUUUUUUUUUUUAAGUUUUUUUAUUUAUUUGAAAGCAGAAUUGCAGAGAGACAGAGGCAGAGAGAGAGAGAGAGGUCUUCCAUCUGCUGGCUCACUUCCCAAAUGGCUGCAAAGGCUGGAGGUGGGCUGAUCUGAAGCCAGGAGCCAGGAGCUUCUUCCAGGUCUCCCACGCAGGUGCAGGGGCCCAAGCACUUGGGAUCCUCUGAUGCUUUCCCAGGCCACAGCAGAGAACUGGAUCAGAAAAGGAGCAGCAGGACUUGAAACAGUGCCAAUAUGGGAUGCCGGCAUUGCAGGUGGUGGCUUUACCUGCUGUGCCACAGCACCGGCCCCUCCCCUGCAUUUUGAAGAUUUUUUUGUGUUGUAAGCUUUUGAGAAUUACUUUAAUUUACAUAAUUUCUUAUGUGAGAGCAAUAUAUAUAUAUAAAUAAUCAAGAAUAAUAAAUAUGAGAGUAAUAUAUGUAAAGCCCCUUGCAAGUGAAGUGCUUAGUACAUACUUGCUAUUUCUAGAAAAAGCUUGUAUUAAUUUGGAGAUAUUUUACCUCAGUUUCUUCUGAUUUUUUUUAAAGAUUUAUUUAUUUAUUUGAAAUUCAGAGUUGCAGAGAGAGAGAGAGAGAAAGAAGUCCUCAAUCCAAUGGUUGACUCCCUAAGUGGCCACAAUGGCGGGAGCUGCGCCGACCCGAAGCCAGGAGCUUCCUCUGGGUCUCCCAUUUGGGUGCAGGGGUCCAAAAAUUUGGGCCAUCUUCUAUUGCUUUUCCCAGGCCAUAGCAGAGAGCUGGAUUGGAAGUGGAGCAGCUGGGUCCCAAACUGGUGCCCACAUGGGAUGCCAGCGCUUCAGACCAGGGUGUUAACCUGCUGUGGCCACAGCGCCGGCCCCUUUUCUGAUACUAAGAAAGGAGAACUUCUUAAUCCUACCUAUCUAAAAGUGAGAUGUUACUAUUCCUGAUACUAAUAGAGCAGAUGGUUAUCAGUUGGAGAUUUUUGUUGACAUCAGGUUUAUGCCUCAGGCUCAAAGGAGACAAGAUCUAGGAUGAAGUGCAUAUAGCCACUCUGUUAAAGAAGUUAGUGUUUCCUCAUAUUGAUAUUGCUAGGCCAGUUUAGUCUCAUCCUUAUAUAAAUAUAAGACAUAAAAUAGUUUAGAUGUAAGAUGCAGGAGAAAAAGGAAUAGUGAGUUACAGAGAAGAAAGCCAGCUCAUUUCUCCAGGCUUCUUCAAAAGAUGCUUGGUUUAGCUACCACUCUUCUAUGUAUUAAGAGAAGAUCCACCUAUUACUUUGCAAAGAUGUGAAUACUGAUAUAUGAAUCUGUAAAAAAGGUUGUUAAUUGUCAUAACACAUCUUUUUGAUUCUGAAGAAAAAUAAUUGAUGUUAAGGAUAGUGGUAUAAUGUUAAAAUUCUAAAAUGAUACUGUUUAAUGCUCAGACUAUAUUGGAUAUAAUUUGGAUAUAAUUUGUAUUGUUUGAAAAUUGUUGGAAUAGACAUUCAUUAGUCAGAGUACUACAUAUGCCUGAUCACUUGAGGAUCACUUUCUAGAAAACAGACUGUUGGGUUAUAAGAGUAUUUAUCAGAAAUAUGCUCGCAGAUAGGACAUAAAACGUCAAAAAGUUGUGCAAGAUAUAUAUAUAUAUAUAUAUCAUAGAACUCAAAUCUGCUGCAACUGAGACUUACAUGAAAAAUUUGAUGUUAGUGGUUUAGGUAUGAAAACCUUUUGAACUGAUGUUAUACAUGAAAACUUAAAGGACUUUUUUAUUUUCAAAGCUUUGUCUUAGAGUUUUCAUGGUUUUAACUGAGUAGCAUAAUCUUUUCAAUUUAAAAACUAUGAUUUUACAUAAUUCAAAAAUUUGUUUCACUGCUUUUCUCAACAACUUAUGAGUCAUCUCUUUAAAUUUCUUCACAUUAGAAGCUCUUCUAAAUUGAUUGAGUUAUGCUUUAAUGACAUACAGGUAUCUAAAUGAGUUGUGAGUUGACACAAGAACCAUGGUUCCAUAGUAAUUAUCUUCAGUGUGUAUAUUAAAUGUGUUUUUUUCUGAGAGGUUAUUAUUAAGCUACUGUAUUUUAUAAUUGAUGGUAUUUAGGAUAGAGAAAGGAAGGUAGUUGUUUUUUGUAAUUAAUAAUAAAAUAUGGAAAUUUUAAAAUAA